GGUUACUUAUGUUGCGCGUUGUCUGCUUGAAAUAUUCGUAUGUACUUAGGGGAUAUAGAAUAUAGAGCGUCAAACAUUAUUUUCUCGUUUAUGCAGAGCGUCGUUAUCGAACUGAUUCGCGAUAAGCUGCGCGCCCUGGUAAUCUUAUCAUUGAGUGAUAAUAGUUUUAAGUGUCAGUGAGUUAUGUGCGCUACGCACUGUUGGUACUUGCGGCUCAGGUAACAACUCCUGAGUUCAGUUGGCUUCAAUUGGCACGCCUCACAAUAGUGUUUGCAUUUGUGUGACCAUGAAGGGGAAACAUCUUUGCCUUUUGUUGGUGGCAGUUAUUGCAUCCGCUACCGUAACAGUAGCUCAGAGUGAAGAUGAGUUGCCUAUACCUGUAGAGAAUAACAACCAGUUUCCACCUGAAGACCAGCCAGAAUCCGAUGACAAUAUAAUUCAAGGAAGUGGAAACGGGGCAAUUGUGGAACCAGAAGAUCCUAUUGCUUCCACGACUGAAUUAAAUCCACCGAUUGAAGAAGUGCAAUCAAACACACAAAUAAGUGAAGUCGAAAUAUCACCAAGUGAAGAGACACUUUGUCCUGAAUCGUGUUUAUGCAGUUUCGAGGGUAGUGAUUUUGUCACGGAUUGUUCUGGAUUAGGAUUCAAAGAUUUACCCAAAUCUAUAGACAUAAAAACUACAAAAUUGAAAAUACAAAACAAUCAAUUAACUGAAAUUCCAAAGGAUAUAUCAUUGCUUAAGAAUGUGAAUUUUCUAAAUGCUAGCAAUAAUUCGAUCAUGGACUUGGCUUCAGGUUCCAUAAGUACCAGGCUAGACCUCAGUAACAAUCGUUUAAUUGAAUACCCUAAAGACUUGAAAAAUGCUUUUGGUUUGACAAAAUUGACGGAUCUCGUAUUAGGAGGAAACGAUAUGAGAACGUCUUUGGACCCUGAGACUCUGUCGAAAUUUACAUCUCUUCAAAAGUUAACAUUGCCAUCGACGCUUACUGACUUACAAACGAAAGAAGAUCUAUGCAAAUCUUUAAACAAUAUGCUAACAACUAUAUGUAUUGAAAACUGUGAAGCUAAAUCAUAUGACUGCUCCAAUGCAUCCGAUGAUUCUGACAUGAACAUGUUAGACGCUGCACUUCCUGGAACAAUAUUUAGUGAGAAUAAUGAAGAUAAUUCAGACCCCAACAUCAAUGCAACAAAUGAGGAUAAAAAUGACAAUUCUGAUAAUUCAGAUCCCAAUAUCAAUACCGUAAAUGAAGAUGAAGAAAAAAGUGAUAUUUCGGAAUCUGUGGAUACGCCCAAAGACAGUAGAAUAGCGCCUACAGGAAAUAUUUUAGAUAAUGAUGAUAAUACAACUUCAAAUAAAAAAGAUUCGUCUACCAGUGAAUUUUCUCUUCGAAGCGCCGUCAUUAAAGACCCAAUAGCAGUAUCUUCACAAAAUUCUAUAAUAGAUGCUACUCAAGACACAUCUUUGAAGAAAGAGUCUAAUAAUCCCAACAUUAGUGCAACCACUGCAGGAAACAAUACCGGUGGAGUAAAUAAAAGUGUGAUUGGAUUAAUUGUAGCUGGUAUGGUACUUGUUAUUGCUGGUAUCACAAUUAAAAAGAACUGGAAUUCUAUCAAAAAACGAUUCAGUUCGAACUCAAAUUCAAGAACACCAAAUGAACACCCUACUGGUAAUGCAAAUGGCACAGCGCCAGAAGAGGUUCCGCUGCAGGAUAAAUCACCCGUUUAAAUAAAGAAAAUAACAUUUUUAUAUGUGUUGAUGCUAUGUAUGAUAUGCGUGGAUUUGAUCUGAACGUAAAAAAUAUUUAUUGCCAAGCCAAAUGUCACCAUGUUUUGCGCUUAUGGAGUAUAUUAUAAAGAUGAUUUUAUAUGAAUAAUGAUUUGUGUGCGAAUGUGAAAUACCAAAAUGGUUUGUACGCAUGGAAUUAAUCAGAUAAUAGUUUAAAAUGUUGUCAUAGACUGUGAGAAUAUCUGUAAGAGUUAUCUGUAUAUGAUAUGUGUGCUAGAUGUAAGAAAUAUUUAAAAAGUUAAUAUUAUCAGGUUUGCUUUGAUAAAAAUGUAUCUUUAACAACGAAAAAAUAGCCUUGAUAACCUGUUUUUAAUUGUAAAUAAUAUAACGUACAACAAUAAUAUUAGAACAAUAUUUCAAAACUUUUGUACUUAACAUAAAAAUAUGAAAUAAACUAUUUUAAAGUUA